AUGCAUGGAUCUCCGUCCAGCGAGGGACCUUCGACGGGAGAGUCGGGCCCAUCCUCACAGCCUCAGUAUUCUUUUCACGACCCCCAGCCACCAUACAACCAUGCUGUGGUCAUUCAACCCAAUCAACCGGAUCCCUUUGGUCUACCUCUGCCAACUUCUCAGUACCAGUACCCACCUCCGCCUCCUGGACCCUUUGCCGCUCAUGCAUAUCCCCCCGCUUCGUCAUUUCCUUUUUACGAACCUGGUCUGGGGACUGCGUAUGCUCCUAGACAGAGAACCCCAAUUGGGUGCAGAUAUUGCCGCAAGCGCAAGAUCAGAUGUAGUGGUUUCGUCAGUGGGCCUAGUGGUAAAUGUCAAAAUUGUGCUAGAAUGAACCAGGAAUGCAUAUUCGCACCUGUCUCAACUUCUUCCUCUACUGCGUUUGUCCCCGAGAACAUUCCGACGAUCCCAGAGGCUAUUCCACCGAGGGAGCGUACUUAUGGUUCCUUCAGUCAAUGGCUCAGCCAGGCACAAUACCAAAACAAUGAUAUCAGUAACUCUGAGUAUAGAGCCUACCCAAAUCCACACCAGGAUCAUCAUUAUUAUACCCAGCAGUUUACUUUUCCUCCUCCGGCUCCUCCUGCACACCAACAGGGGGGUUAUGGUGAUGAUCGGCAUGAAUCAUUUAGCCGAAGGCAAGAGGAGUCAGACUCGGCUAAAGCCUACACAGCGCGAGGAAAGUUCUUCGGGGCCGAUAUCGCCAUGCCUAUCAAUUCAGAGCCAAUGGUCGAUGGUUUCGGCGUUUCAGCUCCCUGGGAAAGUCGGAGUGCUUCAGGACCCGGAAAGUCUGUUCAGACACCACAAGACGGUGCGCUCCAGCCUCAACUGCCUAUCCCGAGUUUAUCUGUUCUUCAGAGCUUCGAACCUCGAUUUCCGGCAUCUUCACAGGCGAUACGACAAGACAAUGACCAGAAAUACCCUAAACUGGGAGAAAACUCUGUUGACGACGUGAAGGUCAAGUUGAGAAAACCACCUCAGGUCUCAAAAGAAUCUAUAGAGCUACCUGAUCCAUCGAGGUUGAGAAUAAGGUCCCUCACCCCAUCAUCUUCCCCGACUGUAUCAUCCGAUAUAGAGGUGGAGUCAAUAUCUGCAGAUUCAGAAGGUCAAUUUGAUAGGAAGAGCCGAGGGUACUGCGUCUUCAGCCAAGUUUUCAGUCGUCUAGCGAUUCUUUGUCAGAACGAAGUGAUGACAAGAGGUGAAACAAGCAGCAGCAAUUCGAAAGGAAAGCAAGUUGCUGAAGGUGUUUCUGCAAGCUCUUCUGGAGCCAGGGAUACAGCGAGCUUAAGAGGGGGGCGGAAGAAUCCACGCCAAGGCGGCGAUGACGGAAAUGAAAGCAGAGAUAGACAAAGCGAACCACCAAAGAAGAAAGGCAAGACAAGUCAACCCCCCUGUGAGGAGCGAUCGCAAUUUCUAGCAUGCCCAUACUGGAAAGCAGAUUCUAGAAAGUAUUGGGAUUGCUUCCUGAAGAAGAACGACACAAUCGCACACUUGAAGCAACAUCUAACGCGCCGUCACACACCGAAGUACUAUUGCCAGAUUUGCUACCAGACCUUUAGAGAAUUUGAUCUUUUCGACUCACACGCACUUGAAAGGUCGUGCACGAGAGGUCCCUCGGCAAGACUGGAAGGGAUAUCUCAGCAACAAAAGAAUCAGCUGUCUCUAAAGAGUAAGGGGUCUGUGGAGCAACAUUGGAAUACAGUAUGGUCGAUACUCUUUCCUGAAAUGGAACCCCCUGCCACGAUUUACAUUUACUCGACACAGUCUGAAGACUUUUGCCGGAUUCAGGAGUUUGUGCAACGAGAGGGAGUUGCUAUCAUGCUCGACGAGCUAAAGUCUAAUGGACUAGUAGUCCGGCCGGAUGCAUCUAACCAACUGCUCCGAUCGACCGUACAGAGAGCUAUGGUGUCUAUAUUCAGAAGCUAUUCCAACGGGGGCGAACCAAGUUCUGAAGCAGAAGAGUCGAUCCUCAGCUAG